CAUUCUCCAACCCACACUCACCGUUCCUCUGCGAGUUCGGUUCAGUUCGGUCUGCGUCCGACAUGACGUCCAUCAUUCCUCGGAUCGAGCAGCUGUCCGCCCGUGUGGUUCGUGUCUUGGGCUGCAACCCGGGACCGAUGACCCUCCAGGGAACCAACACCUACCUGGUCGGAACCGGCGACAGACGGGUCCUGAUCGACACUGGCGACCCGGCGGUUCCAGACUACAUCAGCAGCCUGAAGCUGGCCCUGCAGCAGUUCAGCACCAACAUCCAGGAGGUCCUGGUCACCCACUGGCACCACGACCACAUCGGCGGCGUGGAGGACGUCUACAGGGACGUCACGGGACCUCAGGUUCUGGUCAGCAAACUUCCUCGAGCCACCAAAGUCCAGGAGAGUGUCGGAGGGAAGAAGCUCAACUAUCUGCGCGACGGUGACAUCAUCAGGACUGAAGGAGCGACGCUCAAAGUUCUGUUCACGCCGGGUCACACCGACGACCACAUGGCUCUGCUGCUGGAGGAGGAGGGGGCGCUGUUCUCGGGCGACUGCAUCCUGGGCGAGGGCACAGCCGUGUUCGAGGACCUGUACGACUACAUGAGGUCUCUGAAGAUCCUGCUGGACUCCAACGCCCAGCUCAUAUACCCGGGUCACGGGCCGGUGGUUCGGGAUGCGGCCUCCAAGAUCCAGCACUACAUCAGUCACAGGAACCAGAGGGAGCAGCAGAUCCUGGAGGCCAUCCAGACGGGCAAAGGACGGUCCUUCUCCUCUAUGGAGCUGGUCAAGAUCAUCUACAAGGAGACGCCUGAGUAUCUUCAUGGGGCGGCCAAUGUCAACCUGGUGCACCACCUGAAGAAGCUGGAGAAGGAGGGCAGCGUCACUCUGGUGGGCGACUCGUCGAAUGUCAAGUGGAAAAGCAACCUGUGAACUACUGGAGCGGAUCGGAAGACGAGGCCAUGAUAGUUCUGGAAUGUAGCACAGCAACGCUGCAGUCACAUAAUCAGUGACUGACUCGUCAUGACAGAUUCUGAAUCUACACGCUGAUGAGGUGAUAGAUGAGCGAGAUGGAGCUGCAGAUCACCAAACUGACAUCACCGGUUCUUUAACACGAACCCAUCAAAUGGAUCCAGCUGAGUCACUCAAAUGACUUGUCAGUGCCUCAGAGGACCUCGUGGUCAAACAGCCUUUAGUAACAAACAUCAGACUCAUUCAAACCCCAGGUUUCAGCUACAACCUCUGACUGUUCACUGAAUCAACCAUUAUUUAUUUCAAAACAUUUGCAUUUCUACUUCUAAAUAACUUUACAUUUCUACUUCUAAAUAACUGAUUUCAAAUUAGUGCAAUUCCAACUUCAGCCACAAGAUAUCGCUGUCUUCCUUCAAUAAAACGACGAGGACUCCGUGAAACGCAGCUUUACUGCGUCACUCGUCUUACUUUUGAUGACAGUUGUUUAAUAGUUACGAUUCCUGACGUUAAUCAUUGUUGGUUGAUCUGUUUGUGUAAAUAAAAAAGCUUAUAUUUAUUUAA